AUGUCUGGAAGGCCCGAGGAAGGACUUUACGGCAAUUUGGAGAGUCAAUCGUCCAAUGUCUCGCAGGGAGGUCGGAGGAGAACGAGGUCGGAAUUUGAGGGUGACACAGAUUACUCCUCUACGACUCGCAGAAGAUUGGAGGGAAUUUAUCGACCACAGUGGACCAUGAGCAGCACCGUAGAGGACAUCCUGCUGGAGGGAAGCACUAACAGGACCGAAAUGAAGCUGAACGAUUUCCUCCGGAGCAACUUGGGCGAGGAGUGGGUUGUGGAAAGAAAUGGGAACGUCACGAUGGGGAUGUUUGUGUUGAGACCCACGAUGUUUAUUAACGACAGUGAAAUAUUGGGCUUAAUAACGGCAUCGCCGUCAUACCAAGAGCUGGAAAGAGAGCUGAAAAGAGAGCAGGAGGAAAGGAAAAUACUAUUGGAGGCUAUUUAUAAACUUCGUCGCGAGGGUGUGUAUUUUCUCUGGCAAUGGAGGGAAUAUGAAGGAAGGGAUACGCUCACUCCUCUUGCAAGUGGAAAGCUAAACGGACUACUCGCUGAGAUACAGAAAGAAGAAAGGCGGGAGGCAGACGAAAGAGCGAAGCGGGAGGAAGAAAAAUUAAUACGAGAGGCGGAAGCAAGAGUGAGGCAGGAGGCAGAGGAAAGGGUAAGACGGCGUGAGGCAGAAAUGAAAUUUACCAUGUCCACUAAUAUCGAAGAUGUGCUUUUUCAAGGAGGAGUCCGCGUCAAGGACAUAAAGCUGAAUGAUUUUCUUCUGCUGGAAAUGGAAGGCAAGGGCAUUGUGGACACCAAUCGGAGUGUUUUGCUGGAGGAGUUUUUUAAUGAACCCACGGAGUAUAUCCACGAUGCGAGAGUACUGAACGGAAUGAAGACAACGGUUCGUUAUUUGAAGAUGGGGAGGGCUGUAAUGAAGGAAGUGGAUAUGGAAAAAGUUGCACGCAUGCUUCACGAGAAAGGUGUUGUCUCUCUCGAACAAUGGAGGAACUAUGAAGGAAAGGAUACGGUCAGUCCUCUUGCAAAGGGAACACUAGACGCUGCUCUUUCUCGGGUGCAGACAUCAACGUCCGUGGUUAAAUCAAACGGUGCUGGAGGGAUUGUACGAGUCUGUGUACAAUGCG